GGGUCGUGUUUAUGUCCCGCGUUGUUUUUGUCUCCCGCGCAAAAACGCAGAAACGAUUCUCUCUCUCUCUUUCUCUCGAGGAAGGUUAAGGAAGGAACGACAACAUCCCCGGGGCUCCGAGCUCCGAUCGCCGACUCGCUCGUUAUCGUUGCCCUUUGCGCUCCGGAUGUGCGCGAGCGCGCGACUAUGGCAACGAUAGAGGUCACGUUCCCGUCGGACGGGUCGCCCGGGAAAAUCCUGAAAUGGAGGGUACGCUCGGACACAAUGGUCGCAGCGGGCAGAAUAUUGCUGUUAUACCAGAACGCGUCGCUGGCCGCCGCCGCCGACGACGACGAGGAGGCCAAGGAGCCCGAGAAGAAGCUGCGGGCAACGAGUUUCGGCCGCGUCAAGCAGCUCCUGGUCAAGGAGGGUGAUGUCAUCCAGCCUGGGCAAGUGAUAGCUCUACUGGAAGGGUGUACACAUCCCACUGUGAUGAUAGACUUGUGCGCAGAAUGCGGGGCCGACUUGAGGGUGCAAGAAACCAGCAAGGAUGGAAACACGGCUGGAGUAUCUCAGGCCAGCGUGCCCAUGGUGCACAGCAUACCAGAGCUGAAAGUAUGUCCGGAAUUAGCAGAGAAAAUUGGGAAAGAGGAUAAGCAACGUCUUUUAAUGGAUCGAAAGUUAGUGCUACUUGUGGAUCUCGAUCAAACAAUCGUUCAUACCACAAACGAUAAUAUUCCACCUAAUUUGAAGGACGUUUUCCAUUUUCAAUUAUACGGGCCGAACUCUCCGUGGUAUCAUACCAGAUUAAGACCAAACACCCGGCAUUUUCUCUCGGAAAUGAGCCGACUGUAUGAAUUACAUAUUUGCACUUUCGGAGCAAGAAUUUAUGCGCACACUGUUGCGUCAUUGUUAGAUAAGGAUGGAGUUCUGUUCUCGCACAGGAUACUUUCUAGAGACGAAUGUUUCGAUCCAGCAUCUAAAACUGCAAAUCUCAAAGCUCUAUUUCCAUGUGGCGAUGACUUAGUAUGUAUUAUAGACGAUAGGGAAGACGUGUGGCAAGGGUGUGGAAAUCUGGUUCAGGUUAAACCCUAUCAUUUUUUCCGUCACACUGGAAACAUUAAUGCACCACCAGGUUUGGAAAAGGCUGAUGCACUACGUUUGCCGGAGCCGGCGAAUGCAAAUGAAUCCUGUACAAAUGAUUCGCAAAGUAAAGAUAAUAAGAAUGAUGCACCAGAACCUGAGACACCAUUAAAUGAAGCCAAACAGACGUUGGACCCCUCUGUGGAUCCCUCUGUGGACCCCUCUGUGAAUCCCUCUGUGGAUCCCUCUGUGGACCCCUCUGUGAAUCCCUCUGUGGAUCCCUCUGUGGAUCCCUCUAUGGAUUCCUCUGUGGAUCCCUCUAUGGAUUCCUCUGUGGAUCCCUCCGUGAAAGAAACAAAUUAUGAAGAUAAGAAAGACGAAAAGACUGAGAACGAGGUGAAAGAAACAAAGAAUGGGAAAGAUGAAAAUACCAAAGCGAAUGCUGAAGAAGAUGUUGAAUCCAGUGUUGAAUCUAAUACUGCGAAAGAAGAUGAUAAAACUGAUAAGGAAGUGACGGAAGUUGCACCAUCUGUGAAAACAGAUAAAGACAGUAAGCAAGCGACACCAAAGGAAAAUAACAUAAUAGAUGAAGAUGAUGAUGAUUAUCUGCUAUAUCUGGAAGAUAUUCUUCGGAGAAUUCAUACAGAGUUUUACGCUACGCACGACCAAGAGAACGCUCGAAAAUCUUUGCGGGAUAUAAUCCCACGGGUGCGCUCUCAAGUUCUGAAAGGAUUAUGCUUGACUUUUAGCGGCUUGAUACCCACUCAUCAAAAGCUUCACCAAAGCCGCGCAUAUAAAGUCGCGAGAGCAUUCGGAGCGGAAGUGACUCAAGAUUUAACAGAGAAAACUACGCAUCUAGUUGCUAUUAGAAAAGGUACAGCGAAAGCAAACGCGGCUAGAAAAGUUGCAAACAUUAAAAUCGUAAAUUCGGAUUGGUUGUGGACGUGCGCAGAACGCUGGGAGCAUGUGGAUGAGCGCUUGUUUCCUCUCACGUCACAGGCACGCGGAUCAAGAGUACCACCACCGCACUGUAGUAGUCCGGAACGCGUUGAGGAUGUAGAAAGCGACAGUACAAACUCCUUUGCCAACUCUAUUAAUCCAUUAAUGUCAUUCACUCAAGAGGAGAUUGAAUUUAUGGAUAAGGAAGUAGACGAGGACAUGGAAGAUAUGAUUUUCGAAGACGAGGAAGAUGCGGAAGAAUGUGGUACGAGGAUACGUCGUCGGAGUUCCGAUUCUGAAGAUUCUGUGAAUGAUAUAGGUGAAUUGGGUGUUUCAAAAAGGAAGAAGAGAAAGGUUUACAAUGGCAGCUCUGAUAAAGGUUCUUCGAAGGAUAAAGAUGACAAUCGUGACAGUGAUGACGAUGAUAAUAACGACAGCGAUGACGAUAAUAACGACAGCGAUGACGAUGAUAAUAACGACAGCGAUGACGAUGAUCUUGUUGCGCGUUUUAGGAGAGGAGGAGAUUUACCCGAUGAUUUAGAUUUAGGCGAUAACUCACAAGAUUCUGUGGACGAUCUUGAGGAAGAUAACGAAGAUGAUAGAGAAUGGAAUGCGUUGGGUGCUGCACUUGAAAGAGAGUUCCUUUCUGAGUGACAUGUAUUUGAAUAUUAGUAUUUGACUAUUGGAUAAUUCACUCUCAGGAUGUUUUGCGUUAUUCAUAAAUUUCAAGUUCGAUAACCGAAGCAGGGUUAUUGAGAAUAAUAAUAAACGUUACAUAUUUGUGUACUCUGGUAAAAUCAGAGUAAGAUAUUAUAGAAAUAUUAAAGAUUUGAAAAGAGUAGAUUGAAAUAAUUAAAUUAUGGAACGAGAGAACAUAUAAAGAUGAAAAAAAAAGAUUCUGUAUAUCGAACAAUGGUUCUAUAUUGAAUUUUCAAAUUUUGCACAUAUAUACAUAUAAGCGCAUGAUCAGUCGUUAGCCUUACGUGAAAGAUAAAUAUAAGUAAUUAUUCUUCUUUAAAAGAGUAAUUUGUGGAUAGUAUCAUAGCACUGUGAUUAACACAUGUGCCAUUGAACAUAUUUGCGAGAUAUUUCUCAUGCGAGCGAAUCUGUCGAAAACCGAUUUUAUCUUUAUGUAUAAUACUAGAGAAUGAGAAAUUUAUUUUCUAAUAUUUUUAGAGCUAUCGCAUUAACGUUGAUGAUCACAAGUAAGCUUUUGUAUUGAAAUCCCAGAAUGUAUCAGAAAAUGUGAGAAUAAAACUUUGUAGUACAUAUAA